AGAAAUCCCACAUUCAUGCCUUUUCAAGUUUAUUUCUAUAAGAAAACACACACAUUAAAUUACGGUAAAAAAAAGUUUAAUAUACAAAAAUUGUCUAUAGAAUUAUGUGAAGAUGUUGUUUGAUGUUAAUCUGAAUUUCAAGAGUAGGGCAAGACUUGCUGCAGUUGCCUACUACUCCGCUUCCUCACAUUGGAGCAGUCUCCAUCAUUCUUUCGGGUUUGAUUUUUCACUCAACCCCUGCACUGCAGUUCCAAGGCUAGCUGUUUGUUAUGGAGGACGGGGAUAACAUUCUGGAUGCCAUAUACGAGGAGGAUACCUUAGAUGAUGACGUUGACAUGGUUGAUGUUGAAGAAGGAGAGUUGGUGGAGCCUGAUUCCCAAAAUGUUUUGGGACAAAGCAGUGCCGGAGAUAUCAACGAACCAAAUCAAGAACCUCUCAGUAAGAACCAAAAGCGUAGAGCUAACAAGAAGAAGAAUAAGAAGAAAAGGAAGGGUUCAGGAUCUAAUGCCAUGGACAUAAACAGAUUUGUGUUAGAUACAUGUCGACGGCUCAAAGAGAAAAAGUCAUACAUGGUAUACACUGCUGUGGGUUGCCUUGGGGUCUCUGCAUUAAGUGAUCUUGUCAAUGAGGUGGAUGCAAUACAGACUUGUGGAGGCCAGAAAACUGCUGAUGGUAGACGAUUCCGGACAGGGGGUGGCAUAUUGUGGAGCAUCUUGAAAGUUAGGGAACCAAAGGUCUACAAAGAGAUAAUAAAAAAAGCAAAGGAGUUUGAGAAACAAUUCAGGCAACCUAAUGUGAUGCAACGACCGGUGCCAAAGAAAGAGGAUUCUUCUCAAGGAGUGCCAGUUUCAUUUUCUGGCAGGGAUCUCGGCAAUGUUUCGGACAGCAAUAUUCUUGCAUCCCAGAUGCAAAAUCAACAUCAACCAGCAACUUUGGAAGAAAAACCUGUAUCUGCUCAUGACAGGUUAAGGAUACCUGUAUCAUAUGAUGAUGAUCUUCUUGGAGAGAAUCCAAUCAAUGAUGCAACCUGAAUCUGGAAGUGAGUGGUCUUAUAACUUGGCAAGAUUUUCUUUCCUCUUAGAGGGAGAUCUACCGAUACAUCUCUCUCAUUCACCUUUGGGACUGGGGCUAUACUACUUUCUCCUUUCUUCUGUUCCAUUUUUCUCUCCGUCCUUCUCGUUUUCCUUUUUUCGCUUUUGAGAAACGAGUUCGCGGAUGGAGCAGUAUUUUCCGUUUUGAUUUUUUUAUUCCCGAAGGAAAUUUGACAUUUAUGCUAGAGAGGUAUUUAUUUACUUUGCCUUCUAAUAUACUGGUAGUUACGAGGGGAAAUUAGUAUGAACCAAAAAAUAGAAAGAAAGGAAAAGGAUAUUUACUGCGGGAUGUGUUGUGAUUCCUAUUGGUCAACGAUGUCACAAGUAGCUUUGGUUAGUGCGUGUA